CCCGCCGCACGGUCCCGCCCGGCCCACGGGCCCGUGUCCCGCAGGAGCCGCAGGCCGAGCGCCCGGCGGCGGGGAGGGACGCGGAGCAUGUGGAAGCUGAGCCGGGGCCGGGUGCUCCUGGACGAGCCCCCGGAGGAGGAGGACGGCCUGCGGGGGGAGCCGCCGCCCAGCGUCCCCGCGCCGGCGCAGGGAGCAAGUUUCCGAGGGUGGGAAGAAGUGACUCCUCUGUUUAAUACGGACGACCAGCAGCGGCUCCUGGAGCGGCGCGAGUCUCCCAAGUCCAGAGGAACUAACGUACGAUUAAAAGAAGAAUUGAAGACAGAGAAGAAAUCUGGAUUUUGGGACAAUUUGGUUUUAAAACAGAACGUACAGUCCAAAAAACCAGAUGAGAUUGAAGGUUGGGAGCCUCCAAAGCUUGCUCUGGAAGACGUGUCGGCUGACUUGGAGGACGCCUCGGGCGGCCGCUCGUCUCGGCCGGGCUGGGAGGAGGGUGCCAAGGGCUCUGCCAAGUACACCGCCCUGGCCGACGCCGCUGCCGGCUCCCGCUGGAGCCUCCGGUCGGCUGGCAGGCUGGUGAGCGUCCGCCGGCAGAGCAGAGGGCGGCUCACGGACAGCCGGGAGGAGGCAGAGUGAGGAGGCCGCAGCCGCCGUGCGCACUUCCGGGAGUUUGCUGCGCUGCGGCUUCUUGUUAGUAUGGUUGAGCCGCUGAGUCCUUCCCGCACGGGGAAGGGGAGGUCGUCUACUGUUUGCCUGUGUCCCACACGCCUGUCUUCGCUGACUGGUGAGCUCACACCCACACUGUGAUUCCUGGUCCCCUUGCUUGGGAGCGUCCCCCGCCACGGGCACAUUCUGGAGAAACUAGGUGUGGAUUUCUGAUGCUGUCCUGUGGGACAGCACAAAACUAUCUUCACGCCACCCUCAGCUGUAGUUCUCUGUCUCAGAGUCUCUGCCUUUCCCUUGCAGGUGAUGCACAUGUGACCAUCUCAUGUGUCACGUCCCAUCCAUGUCACAACACGCGAGGGUGUAUCAGUUGUGUAGUUCUUUUCUUUUGCUAGAGAAUUACAGUCUAGGAGGUAAGAUGACUCUUCCAAAGGUUAUGUUAAAUUUUGUUUAACUUGGCAAAUUAAACUUUUUAUAUUAAAUUUAAAAAUAUCUAAACAAAUAGUGGAAUGGCAAAGGUUAUAUUUGAGCAUAAAAUGUCAGUAUCUUAAGAUGCAUGUUCGACUCUUGCUGAGGGAGGAGUAGCCUCUUGCGUGCACACUGGAUGGCAACAGUGGCUCUUUUGGGGGAUUUUAUUUUUACUUCUCUUGAACUUUAUUUAUUUUCUUUAAAAACUUUACUCUUUCUGUUUACGGAUUAGCGAAGUGUGAAUGAAUUUGUCACUUGAUAAUCUUGUUUGGAAAACAUUACCUUGCUCAUUAUAGAGUUAAAAUCGUCCAUGAAA